AUGUAUUUCCAAGAGUAUCAUGGCUCAUUUCGCAUUGCUAUCCUAGUGUUCAGCAGUACCCUUCCAAGUGCGCUAAUGCUGACCACACUUGUUAUCCUCUGCGCCCCUAAGAAAGAAAAAGCCGUCACGGACCAAGUACCAGCAUACACAGCAACAAAAAUUUCGAAGGAAAGUCGCGAAGGAAAAACGAAAACGCAAGAGAAGUUGAAAAUUGACGUGAAGGACGUGAAGGAUAUCUCCUCAGGAACCGCAGAGAAGCCAGGUAAUCAGCUGUCGAAAGAUGUUGCUAGCAAAGAGAGUAAGUCCCCGUCAAAAGAAGAUUCUUUCGAUAGAUUACAACCACUUGUAGUCACUGCGAAACGUUAUGCUGAGAUAGCAGAUCGUCGUAUGAAAGGACGACCGAAAGAAUACGAUACUCUUGAAGGGUUGCUCACAGAUGAAUUUGAAGAACCAGUAGCAAAUACCUAA